GAAUUGUUACGAUUGUCUUUUAAAAGGAGAAGAAAGAAAGAAGCAAGCAUUCGUUAUGAGGUCUGUCAGUCAAAGCAGUCCUCUGGCAGUCCAGCACGCUACCCAAUCAGUGCGUUUGCCAUGCACCUAAGCCCCUGCAGUGGCCUGUGCACUUGUGGCGUUUGUGUGUCGUAGGCAGGUAUCGAAGUUCCGUUGAUAUUCAAACCAAACAAUCUCUCUCACCUUUGACAUAGACUCACACCUUCGCAAGAAACCUUCGGACUGGGUUUCAGAUGGCAACCACAACGGCUGACGGGAGAUUGCCUCCUGUGACGAUAGAUGGCGCUCUGGAAGCCUCAUCACAACCAGAGCCUAGUCUAGACUGUCUAGUGGCUACCUUGUCGCCAGAAAUCCUUCACAUCAUUUGCUCAUUCCUCAAUAUUGAGAAUGUGCUACGUUUUCGCCAGGUCUGCAAGGCUUUUGCAGACAUUGGCGCGGCGUACAUGCUGCCUGAAGUCUCCUUCUACAUGUUUGAUGAGGACUUUGACCGGUUGAGGGCGAUAGCCAAUCAUCCGAUAAUAUCCAAGCAUGUCCGGUCCCUCACGUAUUUUGCAGAGGUCAUGGACAACGAGGUGGUACCUUUCAAUGUGUUUCUUCGCGAAUACCGUCGAGAACUGAACGGUCCUUUUAGUAUGGGCCGUCACUGCUCGAACAGACUUGGUGGGAAAGUCGAUUUGCAGCAGCUGCAAAUGCACCACAAGGAGUACGAAGAGAUCAUGAAGAAGCAAAAACACAUAAUCGAAGAGCUCACUGAUGUGGCAUGUUUGAAGGAGGUUAUUCCCAAGUUCACAAGUCUAAAGCAGGCGACGAUGUCAUCAGACCACGAGUGGUAUGAGGGCGCAUCUCCCCUUUCAAGUAGCCCCCUUUGUCUUUCACCGCGCCAGCCUUCCACCUUUGGAAGACACCAAGUUCAUCAGAAGGUCAGGGACUCACCAUUCAAAAUGUCACCACUUUGGCCUGGUAGCGACUUGAAACCUGAAGGCAAACGGCACCUCAAGGCCUUGACUGCAGGCCUCAUAAGUGCAAAUGCCAGGCUUGAAAGCUUUCGAGCCGGCAUAUUGGACUGGAAGUUCUUCAAGGACCUCCCUCAGGUACCGAGUAAUCUCGCACAGACACUUAAAUACCUCAAGAGAAUCGAGCUUCACAUCGAUGCCGACCCCCAAGAAAAGGUGACAAGCAUUACCCGUUGUCGCAAGGUCAUGGGGAGUGGUAUAAUCCGCAAGCUUCUGAAACCCUUGGAGCAUCUUGAAGCACUCCACGUGACGCUGUAUCCGGUGGAAUGGGCCGAGGAAGAAUGGCCUGCUUCACUGGGAGACAUCAUCGCGCCCGAUCACAAGUGGCCCUGCUUACAAGAAGUUUGCAUCGGUGGCUUCACCAGCAACCGACAUGACGUGAUCAAGUUCUUGAAACUACACAAAGACACCCUAAGGAGGGUCUGCCUCCGAGACAUCAGCCUUGGCGAAACUUCGUGGUGGAAAUUUCUACCCGACAUCAGAAACAAGCUUGACCUGGAAGAAGUGUGCAUCUGCGGCGACAUCGUGGGCUACGCAGAGGACGAAUCAGCAUCAUUGCCUGACGAGUACUGGGAUCUUUCGACACCUGAUGUUUGUCCAGACAAGAUACGCGACUCCAUCAAUGCAUAUUGUCGUGGGCCGGAGAAGUACCCGGACGAGGUGCCACUGAAGGCAGAAGUCGUUGACAAACACUACAAACAAUAUGUCUCGACAGGAAACGGCGAUUCCGAUUUUGAAGACGAGGACGGCAUUGGCAGCGACGACAUCAAUGACGAGGAUUCUUACUACGGCGACGACUAUGAUGAUGAACUUUAUGAUGAAUAUGGAGAGAUGGACGCCGGACUCCUGGCGCAUUUGCUGAUGGAAGGUAGCUUCGGUCACCACCACCAUCAUCUCGAUCCACUAGACGCAAUGAUGGGCCACAUGAUUGAGCUUCUUAGUCCAGACGAACCUGUUCCAGCUGUAUGGGAUGACGACGAUGAGGAAGACGAAGAAGAAGAUGAUGAUGACGCUGAUGCUGAUCUACCUGACUUGGUUGACCCAAGUGUCGACUAAGUAUAGCGCGGGGGCUACUACUUUUACUUAACAUGAGAAAUUAUCAUCGUCAUAAUGAACCAGGUGAGAUAAAUAGUACGCAUUCAUUCAAGGGCCAAAACCAGCGGUAAAUGUUGAGUUUCAUGAAUGAGAC